GGGGAGUAGUAUGAUUGUCGAUGGAACUAGUAAUUAAUCGCCCCAUUCUCCGGUUAGAAGAAAAGGGACCAGAUGGAACUUCAUGGGACCCAAGUAAGAUGUGUCAGCCUUCUCUGGUGGCUUGGGUGUUCGGGAUUGCAAUGUACAUGGAUGGGGCAACCGCGAUUCAGAAUAAUUGCAUUCAGCUCCGUCAAUCAAUCACAAAACGCAUGACAAGACGGAGUGGAAAGUAACCUAUUGUGACCUUUGCCCCAAAUUUCGGUGACCCGGGGGGAGAUUUCUCGGAAACCAGACAUACUGUUAGGAGCGAUCUUACCGUGAGCAUCGAGAGAGAGAGAGAGAGAGAAUAAUUCCCGAUGACUAUUUUUCAAAUUCCGAUGUAUUUCCUAUAUCCAUAUGGUAUCGUCAUUAGCCUGUCAUCCAUUCAGUCAAUCAUCUUUUGCCUCCCCC